UCCUGUUUCGUUUGUUGUUGUCUUGCACUGUUUCCUGUGUGGAUGCUGCUGCAGCAGUCUGUUUUCAAAAUGACCAAACUCCAGCUACUGAACGCCUACCUUACGGAGCGGCUGGCGGUGGUGGUGAAGGAGAUCAUCGACGUGGUGGAGGACACGGUGACCGAGUACCGGGAGGAGACCGCCCGAACCAAGCAGGAGAACGAGAGCCUGCGGAGGCAGCUGCGGGACAUCCUGCUGCUGGAGGCCGAGACUGAGUGGCUGAGAUCGACCAAAACCAGUCUUGGGUUUGCAGCCUCAGACCAGCAGCAGUUACCUGAUCUGCAGCUUAGAUCCCGCUCAGAGGAGCCAGACUCCACCCUGAACCAGCCCAAGCGCCCACUAGCCGACGCAGCCGAGCCGAUUCAUGAGCAGGUCGUUUCUCUGCAUCUCCCAUCACUGCAGAGCGAGAAGUUCUCAGGGCCGGUAAUCCUGCCACGACAGAAGAAGCCUGCUGAGGUGAGGGAGUCUGUCUUGAAGCCUGAGCCUUACAGUGAGUUACUGCAGAACGCAUCACCUCCUUCUCCUCACUGCUCCCUGAAUCCUUCUGCCCCGUCCGUCCCUAAAAUUCACGUUGCUGUACCUGUGCUAAUAGAGGAGUCGCAGGCCACAGCACCUGUUCUGAUCAAAGCUGAACCUGAAGAAUACAAAGUGAGCGAACCUGAAGGUGAAGCCGAAUCUUUGACAGCGGCGGGACAGGGUCAAGUCACACAGGAACAGUUGAACAUCAGGACAGAUUCAGACAGGACAGUCUUGGUGCUUUCAGACCGACACAGAGCUCAUCGAAAAGAGAAAUCUUCUCAUGAGAAGCUGACACUUACUAAUGAAGGUGCAGCUGCUGCUUUUCCCGAGCUCGUCCACCGCUGCCCUAGGUGCGGCGAGGUGUUCGACCGGGCCAGCAGCCUCCGACUCCACCUGGAACAGAAGAGAAAGACCUAUGCCUGCGAGUGGUGCUGCAAGUCCUUCGCACAGUCUGCAGACCUGCGGCGUCACCUGCGCACGCACACAGGCGAGAGGCCGCACCGCUGCAACUUCUGCUCCAAAAGCUUCAGCCAGAGGGGGAACCUGCGUCGACACCUGCGCAUCCACACGGGGGAGCGGCCCUAUAGCUGCCCGUACUGCUUCCGCACCUUCAGUGACGGAGACACCAUGAAGAAACAUAAACGCACACAUUUAGGAGAGAAACCAGAGCGCAGCGUUCAGUGCUCCAAGACAUUUUCAAGAACCGGCAGCUUGCAGACACACUCAAAGAAGGACAUGUGUUUCAUGGCAAACGCCUGAUUGGUCCAUUUAAGGAAGGUCCGUCUCUUCAGGAGGGUGAGUGCUAUCACAAGCCAGAGGGGUGUAGAUAUGAAGACAUAAAAAAACAAAAGACAAAUUAGUAUACAAAUCUUAAUCUCAAAACUACGCUCUCUGCAGGACAGACUACUUAAUGUCACACUUUCUAAAUAACUCCAAGUGUUUUUUCAUUUAGCCAAAAAAGAGCAAAAUAAGAGAUUCUGAUACCAGUAAACUCUGACAGGUCAAUAUUGGCUAAAAAUGAUCAAUGGUUGGCUCUUUUACAGAACCGGCCAAACUUUUAAGACAGGGUACUCAUACAGAGAAGUCAAUGGCUGGUGUAGGCUGUGGAGAUGAUUUGGCAACUUCUGAAUUCACUUUUUACAUUUUGAGAUUCAAUCAUUUGGCGAGUUAAGAUGUUUUGAUAACAGACCGGAAAGGAAUUAAAACAUAUUUACAGCCCACUGGCUUGUGAUGCAGCACCAUCAAGGUUCAUGAUGAUAGAAAAGGGAAAAGUCGAGCAGCACCAAUGAAAGAACAGAUCUGAUCUACAUUCACCCUGACAGUUUUACUUUGUUCCUUGUGACGAUCAUCUUUAACAACCUUUUGUGUUUUCAUCCAUUGGACGGCUAUAGUUUACAGGCAGCUACACUGAUUAUUCACGCCUUCAUAUUUAUUCAUCUUUUUUAUACAUUUUUAUCCCUUAAGUUUUACUUAAAGAGCAGGUAUGUGGUUGCUGGAAUGACCGCCUGCAGAGGAUCCAUCAGAACGUCUGCACCAGUUUUAACCCCAAAAAGGGGGAAGAAAAACAGACUCCGGACUUUUUAAGUCCACAUUUCUUGGAAGAGACUAUUGCACCCAACAGAGUCACUGGUAAUCAGGGAGGAGAAGUUUGAAGAAAUAAUGUGAUGGAAUCAACUUUGCACUUACCUUGUUAUUCGGGGAAAAGAUUUAUAAAUGGCACUGUGAUAAUUAUAGUUUUUCUCGCUGACCAUUUUACUGGCAAAAUAUAUCCAGGUAUGAUCAGCACACACAUUUAAUUAAUUAGCCAGUUUAUUCAAUACAUCCCCAUUUGCUCUUAUGUACCGUAACUGUGGUUUUGGGUAUUGUUUUGAAACAAAAGCAUUUAUAGACACAUAAUAGAAUAUGAGUAUUUUCCACCUAAAAACAGCCCCCUCCUUUCUGAGGAUGAUCAUGGGAUCUGAAACUCCAGAACAGCUACUAAGUAGUAGUUUGUGUUUUUCAAGCUAUAGUAGGAAGUUUCACUAAUCAUUUGUUUUGCAAAACUGGUUGCAGGUGUAGCUUAUUAAGACUGUAUCUGCAAUGUUCUAAACAUUGUCCAGGAGAGCCUCGUGUGUGAACGCUAACAGCUUGAUUUAUCAAAGGUUGAGCUGGGUGGGAACUUCGUGAAUGUAACAACUCAUGCUCUUUUCUGCUAGCCAGUAGGUUUUAUUGCACUCCUUAAUUGAAGCUGUGAAUACAUCCAAUUAGGUGUGUAAUUGGAAAGGCCAAAACUGUCCUCAAAGCAUUUGACUCUGUUGCCUUGUGCACCAUCUUGAAAAUGUUCUUAAUAUUACAAGGGGAUUGUUGCAGUGUUGUUGUUUUCUGUCAUGUGCCUCCUGGGACCCCCCGCCUUCCCUUCCUCUAGUGUCUGACAUGGUAAACCUCCCGCUGUGAGGGGCAUGUGCGAAAGGGCAACUCUUGUAAAUGUCAGGGUCAGGCUGUCCUGACAUUUUCGAUAUGAUUUGAUAUCAACACGUGUUGGUCUUUUUUCACAUCUUAUUGAAGAGCUUCCUGAAUCCUGUCGUCAGAACAAAAUAGUCCCUGCUUUCACCUCGAUUUUUUUUUCUUGUGCUCUAAAGUUAUGCCUUCUUUUAGAUAUAUUUUACUUCUACAGGCUUCCUGCACUUCAGCCCUUCUUUUUCAGUCUGGGUGCUUCUGUGCACUCCUGAGCCCAAGCCGAGCAAAUGUAAGCACCAGCAGGGACUAUUUGAGUGCAAAGGCAUCUGUUUGUGGAAUCAAUAAUAAAUGCUCUCAAAUUGAGACACCAGGGUCUUGAAUAGAGAUAGAAAAGAAGCCCUUGCACAUUCUGAUGUUGGGAUGUUUCGUUUUCUACUGUGUUGGCACUCUUCCUGGCUGGUUUCCACUGAACUUUAACACAAAGAGACCGAAAACAUGUUGAAUGAACAUACUUAGAGAAGUGCACAUUGCGUGGAUUUUAACCUGAUCAAAUGAACUCUUGAGAAGAGACUUUUAUGUCUUCAGAGCAGACUGGAUGCUGCAGUACUACACAGAAUAAUAUAUUAUUUAUAUUUUCUUUGAUCAGUGUUAGAAGGUUCUUAUCUUGUCUGAUGUCACUCCUGGAAAUAUAUGUGCUUUUGGAGACGGCUGAUUGUGAAUCGUGAAGAGAGACAGCUUCACACUGCAGAAGGAAAAGACAGUUCUGAUAUUUUUUACAGAAAAAAAAGACGAAACAUUUUGCCAGCGGUGAAGCUUAUUGGAGUUACACAGUGAAUGUGUUGAUCUCUGAGGACCUUCAAUUCUGUGUGAUUAUGUUUUGUAUUGAUGUGAAACGUGCUGUUUUUUUUUUUUAGACAAAAAUAAAUACUUAGUCAAAGUGC